AUGAUAGUUGCUCCUGCCUUGUGGGCGACAAAAUCCGCAGUUCUAGUUCUUUACAUCCGUAUCUUCAGCUCCGUACGAUGGAUAUCCCGGGUCUCCUACGGACUGAUUGUCCUCACGUUCCUCGUUUAUGGUAUCAAUAUCAUUCUGGCUACAGUAUACUGUCUCCCUAGAAACGGGGCUCCUUGGGAUGCCACUGCCUUUGCGAGGUGUGCAGAACCGGUUACUCUUGCUAUAUUUAUCGGAUCUUUUACGGUUCUCGCGGACUUUAUAAUCUUUCUCCUGCCUUUUCCUAUCAUCCGCAAGCUACAGAUGGCCCAAGCGAAAAAAGUUGGGCUGGCGAUUGUGUUUUUGGUUGGCUUUACAACCGUUAUCAUGAGUAUAACUUCCCUUGGUUUCCGGAUUCAAUUGUUUCUUGGUGAAGAUCCAGUAUGGAAUGGACUCUGUAUUUCACUUACAACGUUCGCAGAGUUAUUUGGAACAGUUAUCGUGAGCUGUGCACCGGCUAUAUAUUCAUUCUGGCUGAAUAUUGUACAGCCCAGCACAGUAUAUUCCACCCUUCGAUCAAGGCUGCUUAUAAGCAAGACAAAGUCCAACCCAGACAACCAGUUUGCGGAUGAAGAGAGGAUUGAGUUGCCGUCAAAGCUGAGAAACGGCCAUGACAGCUGGCCAGGUGACUCCGUAGAUGGCCUUGGAGGCAAGACAGGACCCUUCACCAGGAUUUACUCGUCCUCCUCUUCCUCUAUUCCGAUGAAAAAUGCCAUCUCCAAAGCAAUCCAUAUAUCCCAGAGUCAAGCUGGACCAGAUACACCACCACAUUAA